CCCCGCGCACCGCCCCCGUCCUUCCCACGCCAGCGCUGGGUGACUUUGAGCUUGCUAGCGCCGCCGCUGCCGCGAAAGGUUUUGUGCAGUCGGCGGAGCGGGCGGCCAUGGGGAUCCUCCGAGGCCUUCGGCUAGCGGCAGGGAAUUUUUUUAGGUUAUAUGAAAGCCAUGAUUCCUCAUCACUAAGGCUUACCAGGAAUACUGAUUUUAAGAGAAUAACUGGAUUUUGCACCAAACCACAAGAAAGUCCCAAAGCUCCAACCAGCACUUACAGCCAUCGAGUGCCGCUGCACAGACCCACGGACUGGGAGAAGAGGAUCCUGCUGUGGUCAGGGCGCUUCAAGAGCAAGGACCAAAUUCCAGAGACGAUCUCGUUUGAGAUGCUCGAUGCUGCGAAGAACAAGGUGCGGGUGAAGAUCAGCUACAUGAUGAUUGCCCUGACAGUGCUAGGGUGUGUCGUGAUGGUGAUUGAGGGCAAGCAGGCUGCCAGAAGAAACGAGUCUUUAACAAGCUUGAACUUAGAAAAGAAAGCUCGCAUGAGAGAGGAAUCAGCUAUAAAGGCCAAAGCGGAGUAGCAGAGGACUGACUCCAUGCUGGCUGGAUUGUGCACAUCCGGAAAUAAUGCAGCAACUGCCUGUGUUGAAGAAUGUGGAAUGUUGAUCCACUUCUAAAUGUGUCUCGCACAAGCUUACACUAGUUCCCUGUAGAGGUUUGAAUAAAUUCUCUUAAAGAA